CAGAGCGCGAGGCAGAGCAGGGCUCAGUGAGGCAGGGUGAGUGCUGGUGCUGAUGGGGAUCGCACACUGAGAGUGUGACACACGUACGAUACACACGCGCACGCACACGGACACGGACACGUACUGGCACACUCAGUGACACAGUCGGAGCGCCGCGGACGUCGCGAGGCCCCCUUUUUUCUCGGAAUAAUGCGAGUUUCUUCAUGGCUGUCGGAGGAGCAGGGUUGUUCACACGGGGUGGGCGCUGACCCAUGAGACACCAGCACCCCUAGAUGUCGUCGAUGCAGAUCCAGCAGCAGAAACGGAGAGAUGAUGAAGUGGGUAUCUGGUCACUGUCAAAGGAAACCACAGCAAGAGGACAGCUGAAAUUGAGAAAGACACCUUGCCGUAUCCAGCUUUCUCGGCUGUUGUGCUGAGUUAGCUGUGGACUGUGAAAUGAAUACACCCUCCUCUGUGCCUCAUCGCUCCUUGGACACCCGCUGCUGUCCUUGACAGACAAGUGCUCUGUCAGUCACUGCACAAGAACCUUCCUGUGAAUGAUGGACUUGUGAUAAUGGUGGCUCCUUGACAGGGGCAUUUUUGCUGCUGUAUCCAGAUAGCAAGUGGCCCUAUUCUCCAGAGACACUGAUAAAUGACUGAUGACUCAGUAAUGGAGACGGGUCUUGAACUGUUGCUUGAUGCAGCUUUGACACACAGGAUAUGAGCGACCCUUGUCCAAAGACAGGUGACAGAGUUAAUCCGGCCAACGUUUUCAGAGGGUUCCAGGACUCCUCGAAAAACAUGCAGUCUGAUGAGUUGUUCAGUAAGAAACUGAAGGCCUUGAAUGGGAACAUGGGACCUCCUAAAGCCACUAUUAAAGUGAAGAGUGAUAGUGGGGGUAAAACCAACGGGACGCCACCUAUGCCUAAGAUGGGGGUCCGAGCAAGGGUUUCUGAGUGGCCACCGAAGAGAGAAGGCUGGGAGGGCCGACCGCCCCCCAACUACGAAAGUGUAGUAAAGGGGUUCAACAAUGGACAGUCGGAACAAAGUGGGGACACACAUGAACAAGGUGAGGAGGUCCCUGUAGACUCCUAUGAGAUCCCCAAUACCAAAUACUCACUGAGCGACUUUCUGAACCGCUCGCCCCUCAAGGGGCUCCACCCAAUCCGGCAGAGAAGCAACAGCGAUGUCACCAUCAGCGACAUUGAUGCAGAGGACAUUCUGGACCAGAACGCCGUGAACCCUAACACAGGGGCCUCCUUGCACCGAGAGUAUGGCAGCACAUCAUCUAUCGAUCGGCAGGGUCUGUCCAGUGAGGGGUUCUUCACCAUGCUAAGAGGUUACCGAGUUGACACCCUAGACCACCGCAGUGUGCCCCCAGUAGGCUUUCCCGAACUGCUCAGAUAUGACACCACCAUUUCCCCGAGCCUCCAGACUGCUGCCCAGAUUGCUCGUGGGGAGAUUGUGCGCAUCUCAGGCUUUGACUACGUGGACAGCUCCCUCCUCUAUAGCCGAGAACGAGAGAAGUCAUUCAUUCGUCGGUUCAAGUCUGAAACAUCGGAGACCUCUUUGUUUAGGAAGCUUCGGACUAUCAAGAGCGAGCACGAUGGACUCCGCCUGUCAACUGAGCAGGAGGACCGCCGAUCUGCUAGCUUCCAAAAGUGCUUUGCCCACUACGAUGUGCAGAGCAUCCUGUUCAACAUCUGUGAAGCAGUGGCCAACCGAGCCAACCUGGGCAAGCGGAAGAACACGACCACCGGGGCUUCAGCAGCCUCACAGCACCAGACUCCGGGCAGCACCCCCAUCUUGGAGUCCCCUCUGGGCAGCCAGGAGGACCUCAACCUCAAAGAGAACUUGGACACUGAUGAGGGGGAUGGGAAGAGUAAUGACUUGGUGCUCACCUGCCCCUACUUCCGUAAUGAGAUUGGUGGUGAGGGCGAGAGAAGAAUCUCACUCUCUAGGGCCAACUCAACCAACUAUAGCACAGGGGAGAGCUGUUCCUUCGAAUCCUCGCUCAGCUCUCACUGCACCAACGCUGGUGUCUCCGUUCUGGAGGUUCCCCGGGAGAGUCAACCCAUACACCGGGAGAAGGUGAAGCGCUACAUCAUUGAGCACAUUGACCUGGGAGCGUACUACUACCACAAGUACUUCUACGGGAAAGAGCAUCAGAACUACUUUGGGGUGGACGAGAACUUGGGCCCCGUGGCUGUCAGCAUUCGCAGGGAGAAACUGGACGAAGGGAAGGACAAGGAGGGGCUGCAGUACAACUACCGCGUCAUUUUCAGGACGAGCGAGCUCACUACCCUGCGAGGGGCCAUCCUGGAGGAUGCCGUGCCCUCCACGGCCCGGCAUGGCACGGCACGAGGCCUCCCCUUGAAAGAGGUGCUGGAGUAUGUAGUUCCGGAGCUCAACAUCCAGUGCCUAAGGCUGGCUCUCAAUUCGCCCAAGGUCCCAGAGCAGCUUCUCAAGCUGGAUGAGCAAGGGCUGAGCUUCCAGCACAAGGUGGGAAUCCUGUACUGCAAGGCGGGCCAGAGCACGGAGGAGGAGAUGUACAACAACGAGGGUGGCGGGCCAGCCUUUGACGAAUUCCUUGACCUGGUGGGCCAGAGGGUGCGGCUCAAAGGCUUCACCAAGUACAGGGCACAGCUGGACAACAAGACCGAUUCCACUGGUACACACUCCAUGUACACCACCUACAAGGACUACGAGCUCAUGUUCCAUGUGUCCACACUGCUGCCGUAUACCCCCAACAACAGACAGCAGCUUCUGAGGAAAAGACAUAUAGGGAACGACAUCGUCACCAUCGUCUUCCAGGAACCUGGGGCCUUACCCUUCACACCCAAGAGCGUCCGCUCGCACUUCCAGCAUGUGUUCGUCAUUGUGAAGGUCCACAACCCCUGCACUGAGAACGUAUGCUACAGUGUGGCUGUUUCCAGAUCCAAAGAUGUACCCUCCUUUGGCCCCCCCAUCCCCAAGGGUGUGACCUUCCCCAAGUCGGCCGUGUUCAGGGACUUCCUUUUGGCCAAGGUGAUCAACGGUGAGAAUGCGGCUCACAAGUCAGAGAAGUUCCGCGUGAUGGCCACGCGCACGCGGCAGGAGUACCUCAAGGACUUGGCCGAGAACUUUGUAAGCACCACCACCGUGGACUCAGCUGUCAAGUUCAGCUUCAUCACACUUGGAGCCAAGCGGAAGGAGCGGACCAAGCCGCGCCAGGAUGCACACCUCUACAGCGCCGGCGCUGUCACCUGGGCUGUGGUUGCCCGUGACUUUGGGCAGUCCUCAGACAUUGAGUGCCUCCUGGGUAUCUCCAACGAGUUCAUAGUGCUCGUCGAGGAAGAGUCCAAGAACGUGGUGUUCAACUGCUCCUGUCGUGACGUCAUUGGCUGGACCUCAGGGCCAAUGAGCAUCAAGGUUUUCUACGAGCGCGGAGAGUGCGUGAUCUUCUCUGCCCAAGAGAACUGUGGGGAUGAUAUCCGCGAGAUCGUACAGCGGAUGGAGGUCGUGACCCGCGGCUGCGAGACCGUUGAGACCACCCUGAGGCGGAACAGCCUGGGCCAGCUGGGUUUCCAUGUGAACUUUGAGGGCGUCGUGGCCGAUGUGGAGCCCUUCGGCUUCGCCUGGCAGGCGGGGCUGCGCCAGGGUAGCCGUCUCGUGGAGAUCUGCACAGUGGCCGUAGCCACACUGACCCAUGAGCAGAUGAUCGACCUGCUGCGUACCUCCAUCACUGUCAAGGUGGUGAUCAUCCCGCCGUAUGAGGACGGCACACCCCGCAGGGGCUGCUCAGAGCUUUACCGCAUCCCGAUGGUGGAGUACAAGCUGGACAGCGAGGGCACGCCUUGUGAGUACAAGACCCCGUUCCGGCGGAACACCACCUGGCACCGUGUGCCCGCCCCCGGAGGACAGGCCCUGUCACGCGGUUCGCCCACUCAGGGUCCGGACCGGCCGGCAGGACAACCGCUGCUCCCGCAGGCCCAGGUCAUCCCCCGUAGCACCUCCUUCGACAGGAAGCUGCCGGACGGGUCCAGAAUGCAGGAGUCAGAGAGCCCACCAGCGCCCCCUUGCUACAAGGGUGAUCCUGGCCAGCAUUACCGCAGCUCCCCCAGCAACCAGUCGUCAUCCAGUGACCCAGGACCCUCCGGCAGCUGCCAGUCUCCUGUUCUCCAUGAGCGGAUGCCUGAUGGUCCAGGCAGCCUAGGGGACACGGAUGGAUCGAGACAGAGGGAGCCAGCGCUGGAAAGGACCCGGUCCGCCGAGGCCAAGUGGCAUAUCCCAUCCACCAAGAUCCUGAACUCCCUGAAGGAGCACGGCCUACAGAAGGAGAAGGAGUCGGGGAAGGACUCCCCCAGCAAGAUGUCACGUAUUGGAGACAGGAACUGCUCGAGCCACUCCAGCAGCAACACGCUGUCCAGCAACGCGUCCAGCAACAGCGACGACAAGCACUUCGGCUCUGGGGACCUGAUGGACCCCGAGAUGCUGGGCCUCACCUACAUCAAGGGUGCAUCCACAGACAGCGGCAUCGACACAGCACCCUGCGUACCUCCUGCACCGCCCCUGCUGGCAGGCGUGGGUGGCCCCCGCAGGGUAAUGCACGGCCGGGGGGAGCAGACGCACAGCUGGGGGGCGGAGCACACAGAGGAAGGCUUUGCUUCGGGUGUCACUGCCGGACACAGGGCCGAAGGCAGCAUCGGGGACCUCAGUGAGAUCUCGUCUCACUCCAGCGGCUCCCAUCACUCGGACAGCCCCUCUGCCCGCACCUCCAAGCUCAGUGCCUCGCUAGACUCCUCCAAGGUCUACAUGGUCCCCCACGGAGGGGCAGGGUCUGGGACCGACGCUCACCCCUGCCAGCAGCCCAGCAAGUAUGUGAUUGGCUGGAAGAAGGCAGAAGACAGCCCACCUCCUGUGGAGUCUGAGAGUGAGACGGCACGUAGGCGACUGCACGUGGCCGGUGCCCCUCGCUGGACACAGCCCGCUGGGCGGGCCGAAAAGAUCCAGCAAACGCUCUCCAUGGAUGAGCACCUGAAGGUGAUAAUACCCGACAGCCAGCCUGGGGAUGGCAGCAGGAGGAAGGUGUCUGCUGUCGGUAGCCCGUCCCCGCGCCGCUCGCUCUACCGCACCGUGUCAGACGAGAGCGUGUGCAGCAACCGCAAGCGCUCCUCCUUCUCCAGCUCCCGCAGCUCCAUGCUGGACCCAGCGCUCAAUAGCGACAUCCUCUUUAGCACCACGCCACCCUACCACAGCACCCUCCCCCUACGCGCCUCCCUUGGCCCGGGUGACUCGAACCUGAGGAAUGAGUUCUGGUUCUCUGACGGCUCCCUGGCAGAUAAGGCCAAGCUGGUGGAGCCGGGCCUGAUUCCCCUGCCGGACACCGCCUCCGGCCUGGACUGGUCCCACCUGGUGGAUGCGGCCCGGGCCUUCGAAGAUCAGCGGGUGGCGUCCUUCUGCACUCUGACAGAAACGCAGCGAGCCGAGGCGCUGCAGAUUUCUGAGGAGCUGACCAGACGGGUGGUUGCCGCAGAAGAAGUGACCUUGGAGGCAGGGGACCACUCUCCCACUACCCUCACUGGCAAGGUGAACCAGCUGGAGGUGAUUCUUAGGCAGCUGCAGCACGACCUGCGGAAGGAGAAGGAGGACAAAGCUCUGCUGCAGGUCGAGGUGCAGCACCUGAGACAGGACAAUAUGCGUCUCCAGGAGGAGAGUCAGACGGCUGCCGCCCAGCUGCGCAAGUUCACCGAGUGGUUCUUCAACACCAUUGACAAGAAGCAGUGAGCAACGCCCUCAGAACACCCCUGCAUCUCCCAGCCCCUGGGGCAAGGGGGCUGAAAGCACAUCGUCGUGAAGAAGCACCAUGUGACAAACUCUUCAGAUGCGGAAUGUAAAAAAAAAAAAGAAACAAAAGAAGUUCCAAGACUACUGCCUAUUUACUCAGUGUUUACUCAGUUGUUCUGUGUGCGGCAUCUGGAUAUGCCAGGGGUGGGUGUUCGGGGAGCACGAGAGACAGACGAGAAGGUGGGCUCACGUGGGAAAUGCACAAGGGAGAACGUAAAGGAUUUCUCAAGGUCAAACCCGGGCUCACGGAAGCUGGAACUGACAAAAGUGGGGAACACCAGAGGAGAAAAUGAAUGUAACUCAUUUCAUACCUUUUUUUUGUUGCCAGAGGCACCUCUCUCAGAUCCAGGAAGCACAGCGUCCUCCACGCGAAGUUAAACACGUGACUCAAUUUCUUUCCUUUAGUGCUGUAACAUAAAACCACGACCAGAUGGUCAGUUUGACGCUCGUUUCCGUACGUAGUUUAUGUCCACUGUCGCCUUGUCCUAGCAAUAAUAAAUUUAGUUGAUAGUCACAGAACUGUGUUGAGGGAUUAGCACUAACGUCAUGAUGCUGUGGUAUUAGAUAUAUUUAUUUUACAGGAGCAGACUGUGUCUGAUGUUAACAGUAUAUGACUCUUUUGUUCUUUCUCGGAAAACAAUGCCUUUUUUCGGGGCUGGCGAGGAUAACAACCCGCCGUGCGCUGUAGGUCGUCGCAGCGGAACUAUUCUCACGCUGUCAUCGCAGACCUUCAGGUGGGCCAGCAAACCACUGUCACGUUGCCAAAAGUGUGUGUCUCUGUACAGACCCUCAGAAGAAGUGUCUUGUAUUUAACACCGUUAUUUAAGCUUAUUUAACCUAAAAAUUGUUUAUUUUGGUAAGAGUAUUUGUCUCAUUUUUUUCUGCACUAAGAUAAAAUGCUCUGUGUGAGCUAAUACGGUGUGUAGCUGCCCGGGGCUAUAAAUAUAUAAAAUAUAUAUAAAUAAAUAUAUAUAUAUAUAUAUAUAUAAAGGUAGUUUUUUUUGGAAACUCCAACAUUUGGAUGCUGCUAGAGAACAGUAUGUUUGUUUGUAUGCUUUUACAAAUGUCUUUCUUGGUAAAACUGUUUAUUUUAAGACGGGACCUUGUUUGUUUGUUUUUUCAAAAAAAAGAAUAAACGUA